GGGGAUUGCAAUCAAAUAAUUUACUUUUUGGUGCCGAUGGAAGACGCAAAAAUAUGCAAUAUCGUCUGCUUAAUUAUAUCGAAGAAAAUAAAGGGAACAAGUCAUUCUGGUGGACAGUUGGUUACAUUAGAGGAAAUGACCUUGACCUUAACACUGUCGUUUGGCCAGGACAGUCAAUCUUUGUACCAAUACAUAACGUUCGAGCAUUCUAUUCUGUUGUUACCAGACCCGCCGCGCCCUUUUUGUACAUUAGAGGACCAACAGAAUCACGUGACCAGUGUGCGGCUGAUACAGAAUGUCUGAAAGUGUUCACAAACGACCCUGUUAAAAUAAACUAUAUCAUCGAAAGUUUUCGAACCAUGAAAAGUCCGAAAGGGAAUGAAUAUAAAUAUGAGAUAUAUUGUUGUGAAGGUGUUGUUGUUGAUAUUAUUCACGCUCUGUCUUUGGAAAUGGAAUUUGAUUUUCUUAUUUAUUUCCAAGAUGACCAAAAUUAUGGAAGUAAUGAAAAUGGGGUGUGGACCGGAAUGGUAGGGGACGUCAUAAGUGGAGCAGCCGACAUAAUGGCGGGAGCAGUAAGCAUAACGUCUCAGAGAAUGGAAGUUAUUUCCUUUACCGAGGCUUAUUAUUUCUCCUCGUUUAGUAUGGUGUCUGGAAAAAAUUACCGCUUCACAACAUUGUUGGCGUUCAUGAACCCUUUCCAUCCGUACGUCUGGAUGAUGCUUUUUGUAUCAGCUACAUCCGUUGGUGUUAUCACCUCGCUAUUUGAAUGGAACAGUCCAUUUGGAUUGAAUCCGUGGGGCAAAAGGAGAAAAAAGAAUUACACGCUUGGUUCAGCAAUAACGAUGGUAUAUUCUCUUUGGUUUGGUCAUACCGUAAAAACAAAAUCUCCAAAGAGUUGGCCAAGCAAGUUUUUACAGAACUGUUGGGCGUGUUUAUCAAUAUUUGUCCUUGCAGCCUAUACCGCAAAUCUUGCUGCCUUUCUCGCCGGAAGUGCACGCCAGGAUACAACAUACAACGUGCUUGACUCUCAGUUAUACUCUAAGCGGAUUGGGGUGUUCCAAACGAGUGCAGCGGAGGAAUACAUCCGGACUAUUAAUCCAAUCUUGCAGAGCAGAUUCAAGAACAACUACCUCACAUCAGUUGAAGACGCUUUUUACAAACUCAGGAAUGACAAGUUGGACCUAUAUAUUGACGAUACUCCACUUUUAGAAUACGCCUUAUCGAAAUAUGAUGAUAACUGUUCGAUCAAAUUUGCAUCGCAUUACUUUGGAGAAAAUGCCUACGCUUUUGGUGUAAAGAAAGGGUCUAUGUUGAAGCAUAAGCUCGAUCCUAUCGUGUUGAACUUUGUCGAGCUUGGGUAUGUUAAAAAUUUUGGAAUGGAAAAAUAA